GUUGUGUUAGACAGCCAACUUGUAGUGUUUGUAGCUUGUCAUAAGCUUUUGUAGAUUUUGUGAACCAUUGAAGUGUGGCCAGGUUGUUAGAAACUGUUACGCUUUUGACUGAUUCCAAACAUUUCCAUCCACACUUAGAUAAUUAUCUGUAUAGAGACACUAGGUGCAGGGGUGCUGUAUUGUUUUGUUGUUGUUUGUUUUUAAAAGCUAGAUUAGAUAGUCAGAAUUUGUUUUCCUUUUAUUUUUGAUUAGUCAGAUUGUUUUUGUGUUGCUUCCCUUUCCCCUGCGGGCUGGGUUGUAACAGUAUUGUUUGCUGAUAUUAAGAGUAUAUAAAAGCUGAUCAGUGCAGUUGAAUGACACAAAGCUGAAACUUAUCUCAUCUCAGAUAGUGUAACUGUAUUUUUUGAAAUACUCAGAUGCUCGAAGAUAGAUUUGUGUCGUCAUGAAAAAUUUCUCUGAGGUGACAACUAUUCAUCUGUCUGAUUACUAUGGAAUGGAGGGCCUGAAGCCACUGUACUUCUGCGCCUUCCUGAUUAUCUACAUAACCAUUGUUGCUGAAAAUAUAGUGUUAAUUGGAGUAGUUUACUGUGAAAAAAUCCUGCAUGAGCCAAUGUAUUUUUUGCUGUGUAACUUGGCUGUGAAUGGACUGUAUGGAGGCACUGCCCUACUGCCAGCAGUACUUAGCAACUUGCUGUCACACUCGUAUGUAAUAUCUCUUCCCUUUUGUCAGACGCAGAUCUAUGCUGUUCACACGUAUGCUAUCACUGAAUUCACCAUUUUAGCAGCUAUGAGUUAUGACAGGUAUGUGGCCAUUUGUUAUCCGCUGCUUUAUCAUACAAUCAUGUCACAGAGAGUUGUUAAACUUAUUGUUUUCACAUGGUUGUACCCCAUGCUGGCAUUUAUCAUUGUUUACAUUUUCACUCUUCGGCUGCGGUUCUGUGAGAGAACCAUAGAAAAGGUGUACUGUAUGAAUUACUCACUUGUGAAACUUGCCUGUACAGAUACAUCUGUUGUUAACAUUGUUGGCCUACUAUCUGUGGUUCUGUAUGCACUGCCACAGCUUGUCAUGAUCUUUUAUUCAUAUGCACACAUCCUGAGGAUAUGUGUGUUAUCAUUCAACAAAUCCAAGCUCAAGGCCCUCCGGACUUGCACCCCCCACCUGCUCGCCGUAACUAACUACUCUAUUGGGUGCUUUUUAGAAAUAGCACAAAGUCGAUUCAAUAUUAAGCACCUGCCUUACCAAAGCAAGUUGUUUUUAUCCGUGUACUUCCUGAUAUUCCCACCCCUUCUUAAUCCAGCAAUCUACGGAUUGAGUAUUCAAGUCGUGAGAGAUCGACUGUUUAGGCUUUUCAGCAGAAAAAGCAGGCAAGUAACAAAUAAUGUAGCCAAGAGGGCUGCUGGUACCAUGCAUUCAAAGUGUGUCCUGCAUGGUGCUGUGAGGACUGAUGGAAACACAUGACAUACAGAAUCUCCUGUCUCUCCAUGUUGUUUAAUCACAUUUGCUAUUGAAAACCAAACAAGCCCAGCAGGCACAGAGAAAAACAUUUGGAGAGUUAAAUUCUUGUCAUGCCAUGUGGGCUUCUUGAGGCAUUAGCGGGCUGAAGCUCAGGCCUUGUGCACAUAAUGUGCUGAGCUUCAGUCUGUUUGUCUGUGCCUACGUGGACUAAAUAUACCACUGGGACUUUAAAACGCACCUUUGUCUUUCACACUGUCUGCUCUGUGAACUCUAACAUGAAUACUG